CAGUGCAGAAGAAGGCUUCAGACGUGCACUUGCUAGCCUGUGGUAAUGCAGCUUGUGCCUGUGCUGUGGCUGCUCUGCAGUGAGCUUUUCACUCUUUCAGCAUCCUUCGAGAUUACUAUCCUGCACACCAACGAUGUCCAUGCUCGUAUAGAGCAGACCAACAGGGACUCUGGUAAAUGUGGCGACCCUACGAACUGCUACGGAGGGGUGGCCAGGAGACUCACCAAGAUCAAGGAGAUCCGCGCCAGCCAUAAGAAUGUUCUUCUAUUGGAUGGAGGCGACCAGUUUCAGGGGACUAUUUGGUUCAAUGUUUAUAAAGGAGAGGAGGCUGCAUAUUUCAUGAACCACCUAAAGUACGAUGCCAUGGCUCUGGGAAAUCAUGAAUUUGACAAUGGAGUUUCUGGGCUUUUGAGCCCAUUCCUGAUGGACGUAAACUUUCCUGUUCUGAGUGCCAACAUAAAAUCAGACAACCACCUUGCAUCUAACAUCACUGGAUAUUUCCUCCCAUUUAAGAUUCUGGAUGUUGGUGGUGAAAAGAUUGCAAUUGUUGGAUAUACCUCAAAAGAAACCCCAGUAUUAUCUGACCCAGGCCCACAUUUGAUAUUUGAAGAUGAAAUUUCUGUGCUGCAACAAGAAGUUUCUAAAGUGCUAACUCUUGGUGUAAAUAAAGUUAUAGCGCUGGGACACUCAGGCUUUGAAACCGAUAAGCUCAUUGCUCAGAAAGUGAGAGGAGUAGAUGUAGUAGUGGGAGGACACACAAAUACUUUUCUUUAUACAGGCACGCCACCCUCCAACGAGGUACCUGUCGGGAAAUAUCCUUUUAUAGUAAAUUCUGAUGAUGGUCGAUCAGUGCCAGUUGUCCAAGCAUAUGCAUUUGGAAAAUAUCUUGGCAACUUAAGUAUUACAUUUGAUGAACAAGGAAAUGUUUUACAUUCUUCUGGAAAUCCAAUUCUUCUGGACAGCAGCAUUCCUGAAGAUCCUGCGCUUUUAGCAGAAAUUAACAAAUGGAGGGAGAAAAUAAAUAAUUUCUCCUCUGAAGUAAUUGGAAAAACCUUGGUGUUUUUAAAUGGUUCUUCUCUGGAGUGUCGAUUUCGAGAGUGCAACUUGGGAAAUCUGAUAUGUGAUGCUAUGAUAUAUAACAAUAUCCGGAAUCCUGAUGAAGUGAGAUGGAACCAUGUAUCCCUCUGCAUCAUGAAUGGCGGUGGAAUAAGAGGAUCAAUUGACGAGAAAACUUCCAAUGGAACCAUAACUCGUGAAGACUUGUUAUCAGUGCUACCGUUUGGGGGUACUUUUGAUCUAAUUGAAAUUAAAGGAUCGACCCUCGAAAAAGCAUUCGAGCACAGCGUGCACCGUUAUGGGGCCAGUAGUGGGGAGUUUUUACAAGUUGGCGGAAUUAAAGUGGUUUACAACCUCAAUAAUAAACCUGGAGAAAGAGUUGUCAAAUUACACGUUAUAUGCACCAAAUGUCGAGUACCAAAAUAUGUUCCAGUGCAGAUGGAUGAAGUGUAUAAAGUUGUUCUUCCUGCUUACCUUACUGAAGGGGGAGAUGGUUUUAGUAUGCUAAAAAAUGAGAGUCUGAAGCAUGAUAGCGGUGAUCUUGAUAUAGCAGUGGUUGGGAAUUAUAUUCAAAAAAUGUUAAGAGUCUACCCUGCGGUGGAAGGGAGGAUUCAGUUUUCAGAAGAUGACACUAGCCAUUCUUCUUCAAACAGCAUUCAGAUGAACUUUUCAUUCUUUCCCUUGAUGACAUUACUUGUAUUAAUACAUGCAAUACUCUGAAAGUCAUCAUCAAAGAUGUGAAGCAAAGAUUUAUUCUUGGUAUAAAAUGUUGUCUCUACUUGUCUUUUCUAGCAAAUAUUGUAUAUACCGUGAUAAUGGUUUAGGAGUUAAGGAGCCAGGGUGGCACAGCAAGCUAUGCUGGUUCCACAUCACACAAACUAUGUAAAUAGCAAAGCUUGCAGUUCUACUUUUUUUUCCUUAACUUGAAACCACAAAGAGCUGCCCACUAGGCUGUUUCCAUAGUCUUGACCAACCAAUCCAGUCCAGAUGCGGUCAGCAGUGGCAUGUGUUGUGGAUAAAUCUCUGAAAUAGGAAUAACACUUUAAUAAAACAUAUAAAACGGGGAUAAAAAUAGGGAUACAUUUAUGAUCACUUUGGGUUCAACUGCUGGGAGCGCAUAAUCAUCAGAUCUGGAGCAUGGAUUAGGCUGUAGUGCACAUGCACUGUGUAUAGAGCUGAUGGAGAUAGCUGAGCACUGUACUCAGCCAUCUCCGUCAGCCCAGCAAACAGUGAAUGGAGCGGUGCUCAUGCAUGUUGUUUAUUGCAAAAGUAAAAAUCAUUUAAGUAUUAUGGGGGGAAUUUACCAUUACUUUUUACACUGGAGUUGCUACGGGCACUUGCGCCAAAUUUUUGAAGAUGGCAGACAGUAAUAAUACAUUUGGUGCAAUUGCUAUGCGGUUGCACCCGUUUCAGUAAAACUAAGACUGGGGGAUGCCUGGCAUGGAGUUGCAACUUUUCAAAAAUUUGCACUUCAUAAAUAUGUCAAAAAAGUUAUCUACUUUGAAAUUCUGACCAAGGUUUUAAUCUGUAGAUGAGCAAAAGAAAAAGCCAGCACUCAAUGUCUCCAAAUAAAAUCAAGUAUUUAAUGAAAAUCCACAGAAGCCCCUUUUACCUCCCCUUCUCUUCCCCUAUACCCCCUUCAUAAUCCCCACCCACAGCUAAAUCUGACUUUUUAGGUGACUCUCAAACUGAGAACCUUAUUUGUUCUCUAGAGAGACAGACUACAUAUUAUUCUGGAUGUGAAUUCCUUUACAUUAGUAGUUGAUCUGUUAUAUUCAAAUAAAGAAAAAUAUUCCAGCUCACUAUGAAAUCCCUCUGCACGGAACAGACUGGACAGGUCCUUGGCGUAUGAACAGAAGAAAAAGUUCCAGCAUCCAGGAUAAAAUGUUGCCAACUUCUUUAUUAAACUGUUAUAUUCCAAUUAAACAGACAAUGUAAAUGAAGUUUAAUAAAGAAAUUGGCAACAUUUUAUCCUGGAUGCUGGAACUUUUCCUUGUGUUCAUAGUUGAUCAAUGUUAAUGUUACUUCCUUUCCUGUAUAUACAUAACAUUUUCAAAAAAAGAUAAACGAAAAAAGCAUUAGAACAUACUACAUAACUGGUCAACGAGUUUUGAACAGAAAGUUCUUAAUCGUGACCGACAAACUUUCAGCUUGAAGCGCAAUAACCAGUUAUGCGGUAUGUGGUCACGCGCGUUUUAAUGUAUUUUUAUUAAGUACUGGAUUGGGAGGCAUUGAGUGCUGGAAUUUUCUUUUGCUCCUGGCUCCAUGCACAGAUCUCUUCAAAUCAAGGGGUUUUCUUUUAUACCUGUAGGUGGAGCUGGACGGUGUAGUGCUCAAAAAGUUGUACAAUUUGUGUACAACCCCCCCCUGCAACUUUUUGAAGCCAGAAUUCUAGUGUGCAGAGCUUGAUAAAUCCCCUCUUAGAGUUUACAGUAAAUAGCUGCUAUAUACAAAUGCACAAUUUGGUAUAAAAGCCACAUGGAAAUAUGCUGCUCUGUUUUUCAUGUAAGGAACUUGUAUUUGUAUUCCAUAGUGGAGGAAAAAGUGGUAAUCUAUAUUUUGUAAUAAAUUGUUGGGUUUAGGGCGGUGAUGGCUGACCUCCAGCACUCCAGCUGUGGGGAAACUAGGACUCCCAGCACACGCCAUUCAUUUCUAUGGAGUUCUGAGAACAGCCAAGCAACUGGAGUGCUGGAGGUUAGCCAUCACAGGUUUAGGGUUUCUGUCACGUAUCGUUUAUUUGUGUCACCUUUUAUGUUGUCACUUUCUAGAGCAUACAACCAUCACUGGGUCUGUGCUGUGCUGCAGUUCUGUGUGCAUAACUGAAAGGCGUGUACAUACUUUGGAGCCAUUUUAGCAGCUGUCCAUAAGGCAGGCAGCCCCUUUCCUCUGUACACUGAAGAAUAGUGUACUGGCAGUAUGCUUAUGCCAUACAUGCUCACCAUCUUAUUCCAAUGUACCAAUGUAGUAAAGAAUAAAGAAACCAUGGAUAAGG